AGAAAGGCUGCACACAUACCUCACACAAGCCCUUACAAACAAGUUACUCUGCGCUGUGAACCUCCCGUAGGCCUUCAUACCCACACACUCCUGCGCGCUUGGCGGUAGGUUAUUUUUCUGGCACUUUUACGCGUGCCAUCGAUUUCUACGGAGCCUAUGAACUACUGCUUAAGAGUCAAUGCUCUCAAUCAGGAGCCGACCCAGCGACCAACUGCACGAAACAUUUGCAGCUGAUUAGUUAACUACCGGAGGAAGCUUUCGCGCGGUGAUGGCGGGCUGUUGUAUGUCCACUGAGGACCGCGAGAAGCAGCGUAUCAACGAGGAGAUCGACAAACAGCUGCGCAAAGACAAGAAGGACUCGCGAAGGGAACUCAAGCUACUGCUACUAGGCACGGGCGAGAGUGGGAAAAGCACGUUUAUAAAACAGAUGCGGAUCAUCCAUGGGGCCGGCUACUCAGACGAGGACAAGCGCAGCUUUAUAAAGCUGGUCUACCAGAACAUCUUCACAGCCAUGCAGUCCAUGUUGCGGGCAAUGGAGACAUUGCAUAUCCCACUGGCUGUGGCCAAAAAUGAGGCGUACGUUCCGAUGGUGCUGGAUGUGGAGGUGGAUAAGGUGCAGACUCUGGAGAGCGGACAGAUGGAGGCCAUCAGGGCCCUGUGGAACGACGGGGGACUCCAGGUCUGCUACGAGCGCCGCAGGGAGUACCAGCUCUCCGACUCGGCCAAGUACUACCUGAGUGAUUUGGACCGAAUAGCCGACCCUGCUUACCUGCCGACCCAGCAGGACAUUCUGAGGGUCCGUGUGCCGACCACGGGCAUAAUUGAGUACCCGUUUGACCUGGAGAACGUCAUCUUCAGGAUGGUGGAUGUGGGGGGUCAAAGGUCAGAGCGCAGGAAGUGGAUCCACUGCUUCGAGAACGUCACUUCCAUCAUCUUCCUCGUGGCGCUCAGCGAGUACGACCAGGUGCUGGCCGAGUGCGAUGACGAGAACCGCAUGGAGGAGAGUAAGGCGUUGUUUAAGACUAUCAUCACCUACCCGUGGUUCCAGCAGUCGUCAGUCAUCCUCUUCCUCAACAAAACCGACAUUUUGGAGGAGAAGAUCCAGCGCUCAGACCUGGUGACCUACUUCCCUGAGUUCACCGGUCCUCCUCAAGACCCUAAGGCAGCUCGCGAGUUCAUCCUGCAGAUGUACAAGGAGCAGAACCCCGACCGCGAGAAGACCAUUUACUCCCACUUCACGUGCGCCACGGACACGGAGAACAUCCGCUUCGUGUUCGUCGCCGUGAAGGACACCAUCCUCCGGCACAACCUGAAGGAGUUCAACCUCGUCUAACACACACACCAAACGCAUCAACAUCAUCCAAGAUGUCGCCCCCCAGAGAGACAGCCUUGAAGCUCGACACGUUUGAAAUCGCUCAGUCAAUUCAAUUUAAUUAAUUCCAUUUAAUUAAUUUAUAUAGAGCCAUGAAUAGAUAUUGUCUUAAAGCGCUUGACAGAGCCCAAGACCUGAUCCCCCGUAGAGACGACGGUGGCAAGGAAAAACGUCCUUUUAGCAGGAAGAAACCCUGAGCAGAACCCAGGUCAGAGGGGGGGCCCAUCUGCAUGAGGGAAGGCCCAGUAGAGGGAUAGAAAGAAGGGGUGGGAGGUGUGUGUGUGGGGGGGGGACAGGUAGAUUAUUCGUACAUAGAAUCAAGUAAAUCAUAGUGCCUUACAGGGGGCAGGUGUACAUCAGGCAUACAUGCAGCUUGCAGGGUGUAGAAAGGGAGAUGGGUAAGACAAGGAAUGCAAGCGUACAAAUAUAAUGACAACAUAAUGAGGAUCUUAAUGUACUCAUAGCGUUCCUAUCAAUAGAAUGGGCAGAAGAUUGUGAUCAUAUUAGCAGAGAAAUGGGUAGUUAGGCUGGCAGUCCAAAUGUGUGUGUGAUGCAGUGUAGGAAACAUGUUGUAGAACAUUGGAUGCAAGACAUGCAGUCAAACAACCCUAUGUGCUCGUUCCCACUCCUCCUCACGUGCAGGGUUGGGUUGUGUAUGUGGAAGAGGUGGCAUUUUACAGGUAUGCAUGUCUGUAUGUGUAAGAUGAACAAGAAACUAUUCUUCCUGGUUUGCUGCCAUCUGAUGGAUGGAGUUUACAUUUUAUAAUGCUCAUGAUAUUUUUAAGUCGGAAAAAGAAGUAGAAUAUUCUUUAGUAGAGUUUUUACUUUGCGGCUUUGUUUGCACAAAGGUUACCUAUUUAUCAAAAUGUAUACAUUUCUUUAGUCGUAGGAGUAUGUGUUUGUGUCUGCGCUCCGGCAUCCCACGACAGACUCAAACCAUGAGAUUCUACUUGAUAUGCACUGACUACCUUGUGUUUCUUUAUGGCGACGUCUUUUAGGAGAUCCUUCAUGUGAUAGUUUUUGUGAGAACAUAUUCCACAGCGAGUAGAGACGAUAGUACAUGUGUUCUGAUGUGGUUGUGUGAUUGUGUGAGUAUAAUAAAUGAUUAUGAUAUUGA